AUGGGGAGCAAAUGGAGGAAAGCAAAGUUAGCACUGGGACUGAAUCUGUGUGUGUAUCUUCCAAAAACACUAGAGGAUUCAUCUCCCUCCUCUCUGGACUCAGCUGAGAGAUUGUCUGAUGCUGCUUUGCUUUCACCUGCCAAUUGGGCCAUGGGCUCGUCCAGGCCCACCACGCCAACGCCAUCCUCUCAUGGUUUGAAGCUCUCUAGAAGUGGAAGCAAAUCGUCCAAGCAGACGUGCUCGAUAUGCUUAACUAAAAUGAAACAAGGAGGCGGCCAUGCCCUUUUCACCGCAGAAUGUUCACAUUCUUUUCAUUUCCACUGCAUCACAUCAAAUGUCAAACACGGCAACCAAAUUUGCCCAGUUUGUAGGGCAAAAUGGAAAGAAAUCCCAGUGCAGGGUCCUAAUCUGGAUCCUCCUCCUGGAAGGGCAGCUAUCGGUCCAGUUGGUUGGUCUCAGAAUGAUGCUUUGGUGACUAUGGUUCGUCGACUACCUCCUCCUCGAAGAGAUUUGAGCCGACGACACAUUGUGCCACUGUAUCAGGCCCAUGAGCCAGGUGUCUUUAAUGAUGAUGAAUCCUUAGAUCACCAACCUGUGUUCGAUGAGAGAAGCUCUUGCAAUAAAAAUGGCACUGGUGAAAAUUUUUGUAGGACAAUAGAGAUCAAAACGUUCCCAGAGGUUUCAGCUGUUCCAAAAUCCAGUUCGUAUGACAAUUUUACCGUUUUGGUCCAUCUGAAAGCUGCUACUUCAGUUACAAGGCAAAAUCCUAGCAGAAACCAGUCUAGUUUGCCACAAUUUUCCCAGACUCAUCGUGCUCCAGUAGACCUAGUCACGGUGCUUGACAUCAGUGGUAGCAUGGCAGGAACAAAGCUUGCAUUGCUAAAACGGGCUAUGGGGUUUGUAAUACAGAAUCUUGGCUCCAAUGACAGGCUCUCAGUCAUUGCCUUCUCUUCAACAGCCCGUCGUCUCUUUCCCCUCCGCCGAAUGACUGACACUGGACGCCAGCAGGCACUGCAAGCUGUUAACUCUCUGGUUGCAAAUGGUGGGACCAACAUUGCUGAGGGCCUAAGAAAGGGUGGCAAGGUAUUGGAAGAUCGAAGGGGAAAGAAUCCUGUUGCCAGUAUAAUACUGUUGUCUGAUGGGCAGGACACUUAUACUGUCAGCGUCUCUGGCGCUAACCAACCUCAACCAAAUUAUCAGUUGCUCCUUCCUUUGUCUAUUCAUGGUGGUGACAAUACAGGCUUCCAGAUUCCAGUGCACGCAUUUGGUUUUGGUGCAGAUCACGAUGCAUCAUCAAUGCACUCCAUUUCAGAGAUAUCUGGAGGGACCUUUUCUUUCAUUGAGACUGAAGCUGUCAUCCAGGAUGCAUUUGCACAGUGCAUUGGGGGGCUUUUGAGUGUUGUGGUGCAAGAGCUGCAGGUGGCAGUUGAGUGUGUGAACACAAGUCUCUUCCUUGGUUCACUAAAAGCAGGAAGCUACCCGAGUCGUGUGAUGGCUGAUGGACGCAGAGGAUUUAUUGAUGUUGGAGAUAUGUAUGCAGAUGAAGAGAGGGAUUUUCUGGUUUCAGUUAAUGUCCCAGCAGAGUCUUCUAGCAAUCUGACAUCAUUGAUAAAGGUGAGAUGCAUUUACAAGGAUCCCUUAACUAAAGAAAUGGCAACAAUAGAAAGUGGAGAAGUUAAAAUUGAGAGACCUGAAGUAGCUGGGCAAGCACUAGUGUCAAUAGAAGUGGACAGGCAACGUAAUAGGCUCCAAGCGGCUGAGGCAAUGGCACAAGCACGAGCUGCAGCUGAGCUGGGAGACUUAGCUGGUGCAGUUUCAACCCUUGAAAAUUGUCGAAGGGUAUUGUCAGAGACUGUGUCAGCAAAAUCCAAUGACCGCCUUUGUGUAGCAUUGGAUGCUGAGCUCAAGGAAAUGCAAGAGAGGAUGGCAAGCAGGCAUGUGUACGAGGCAUCUGGGAGAGCAUAUAUUCUUUCAGGACUGAGCUCGCACUCAUGGCAACGAGCGACAGCAAGAGGUGACUCUACCGACGGUUCAAGUCUUGUUCAGGCCUAUCAAACCCCAUCAAUGGUUGAGAUGCUUACUCGAUCUCAGGCUAUGCUGUUGGGUAGUCCAUCAGCCCAGCGGCUUGUCCGACCAUUAUGUUCACAACCAAAGCCGAGGUAA